AAACUCGCUCUCUUGAAAAGUCUUCGUCCUUAAGAAAUCAUCUACCUCUGGAACACGUAUUGAUCUGCCCAUCUCCACAAAACCCCCUUUCCCUCUUCUCAGAUCACAACAUAAACAACUAGACAACACUCUGCUUUUUCGUUCUUCUCUUCCUGCAAAUAUAUAAUAUUUAUAUAUACAUAGGAUUCCCGUGUCUAUCACACACACACAGUACAGCAGAGCAGGCAUGGGAAAGAAGCUCGACGCUCUGCUCGGAAGAAACUUCAAGCCUUCCAAGUUCAAACCAAUUGUCAAUCUCGCCAUCUCUCGCCUUGCCGUCCUCAAAAACCAGCGCCAGGUCAAGUUCUCUCAGGCCAGGUCAGAUGUCGUCAAGCUCCUUGAACUCGGGCACCAUGAACGAGCCCUUCUUCGGGUGGAGCAGGUGAUCAAAGAGCAGAAUAUGUUGGACGUGUUUGUUUCGGUGGAAGGGUAUUGUAAUCUCCUGCUUGAAAGGAUCUUCUUGCUCGAACAAGAGAGAGUAUGUCCUGACGAACUGAAGGAGGCGGUGUCAAGCUUGCUGUUCGUGGCGUCCAGGGUGGGGGAUUUCCCGGAGCUGCAAGAAAUUCGGGCAAUUUUGACCUCUCGCUAUGGCAAGGAAUUCGCAGCUAGUUGUAUUGAAUUGCGUAACAACUGUGGUGUCAGCCCCAAGAUAAUACAAAAGCUAUCAACCAGAAAGCCAGACCUGGAGAAGAGAAUGAAAGUGCUCAAAGAGAUAGCUGCAGAGAAAAGCAUGGUUCUGCAACUUGAGGAAUCUUCUGCUUCUUCCACUGAGGAAAAAUCGAACAUAGGCUCAAAAUCAGAGUUACCAACUAAGCCAGGCAAUGAUGUGCAAUUUAUGGCUGAACCGAUAGGAAAAGAUGAUAAUUUCUCUGAUACUGCAAAAGGAAGGAAGAAGUACAAGGACGUGGCGGAUGCAGCUCAAGCAGCCUUCGAGUCAGCUGCUUACGCAGCAGCUGCAGCGAGAGCAGCUGUGGAACUAUCUCGAUCUGACUCCCAUGAUCCUGAUGAUAAGAGUAAUCCUAGUACUCAAAUACAAAAACCAUCUGAUGAGUCCAAGAAACUUGAAUCUGAUUCUAAAAAUGAAGCAAUUCACAGUAGUGACAAAGCUGAAGGAUCAAAGCAGAGGAAAGAGGAAGCAGAAUAUAAAAGAUCAAUGUCUGGUUCGAGUACAGAUUCAGCGGAUGACAAUGUGAAGGUGCCAAUAACAAAGUCCUUCCGGGAAAUUGACCCAACUAAAUUGUUGGAUAAGGAGAUAGUCUUUUAUGAUAGUGAUGAUGAGUCUGGUAAGUCUAAUAUAUCAGGACGUGCCACUCAAGGAUCUGGGAUGCACAAUCUGAAGCAUUCAAAAAUAGAGAAAGGGCCAAUUUCAGUGAGGACAAGACAGGUGCGUGGCUACUGAGAAGUAUCGAUAUUAUAUUUUUCUCUCCUUUCGCAAGCUUUUUGAGUUAUAUUUUCACAACAGGCCUGAGUAUUGUAUAAAGUUUUGUUCCUGGAUUCUUGUUUAUUAAAUUUCCAGAAAUGGGAACUUGGUGUAAUGGAUUGGGAGUGUAAUUACAUUUUUUGAAACCUUUUUUGUAUGCCAAAAAAUAAGUUUCAGAUU